GCAGAGCAGCCACAGGUACUGCUGCUGCAGCACCCAGAGCAGCCGCCGGCAGAGCAGCCGCCGGCAGAGCUCCCGCGUCGCAGUCAGAGGGUGAGGCGUCCGUCUAACUUUCAGAGAUCGCCUUGGGUUAAUAGCCAAAUGCCACGUCCAGUGACACAAAACUGCAGUGACCAUUAUGAGAAGUGGAUGGCUAGGUGUCGAGAGGGUAGGCGUGGUGAGAUUUAUGUCAAGGCAAGUGGUGGUUUGCGGGAGUACGACGACUUCGCGCGGGUGGAUAAUGUCAGCCAGGAAUUCUCGACUGGGGAUAUUGACUUGUAUUUCUUGAGCUUGAGAAAUAGACUUCGAGGUUCCCUGGAUUUACUGGAUGACGUAGAUAUGAAUAACACAAUCAUAGUAGACACGGAUUGGUUUAUAUACCUCAAGAAAGAGUGGGACGCUCUAUUGGAUAAGUGGGCAGGAAGUGAGUUCGGCCCCAAGGAGUUUCAUGUAUUGACUAGUACAGCAAUGGCUGAUGAUUGGCAGCCUGCUAUAGACUGGAUCUGCCAAGUACGUGGAAAAUCACUUAAGGGCCAUGAACUUCCUCCUGGUCAUAUAGGAUGGAUGGAUGCCGCACAGGUUCUCAUGCCAGUCAUAAUUGGCCACCAUUUUAUCCUAUGUCGGAUUCGGUUAGGAGACGCCGUUUGCGAGGUCUAUGACCCAGUAUUCCACAAGCUAACACCUCGACAACAGAAUGAUCGAGUUGGUGAUUUAUUACCUUUACUGAGAUUGUUGCCAGUUGUCCUUCAGGUGUCGAGGUGGCUAGACGACACAUCCAUUGAUUCGACAGUGGCAAAGAGCAAGUGGCCACUUAUGACGGCAGUGUUUGCUCCAGCGGAGGUUCAGUUUCACCAGCAGGACUCUGUCAGCUGCGGGCCUUUCGUCUGCAUGUAUGCUGAACGACUGAUAUCUGGCUCUCCAUCCAUUGAGUGGGGUAAUAGCAACGUGGCGGCAUAUAGGGCCAAGAUUGCUAGAUCUAUAUUUUCGUUGUGUGAAACUUGGAAUGCCCGUACCAGACGACUUGGUUUUGCAUAG